GGCUGCCUUAAGAUUGCAGCGAGACUAACUGCUUCUCUGUCCCUUCUGUUUCAGGGUGGGCCCGUGGAAAUCCUGCCGUUUCUCUACUUGGGCAGCGCGUACCAUGCCUCCCGCAAAGACAUGCUGGAUGCUUUGGGGAUCACAGCGUUAAUCAACGUCUCUGCUAACUGCCCCAACCAUUUUGAAGGGCACUACCAGUACAAAAGCAUCCCGGUGGAGGACAACCACAAGGCAGAUAUUAGCUCCUGGUUUAAUGAGGCGAUUGAUUUCAUAGACUCUGUUAAAAAUGAUGGUGGAAGGGUAUUUGUGCACUGCCAGGCUGGCAUUUCCCGGUCAGCAACCAUCUGCCUUGCUUAUCUCAUGAGGACCAACAGAGUCAAACUAGAUGAAGCCUUUGAGUUUGUGAAGCAGAGAAGAAGCAUCAUCUCCCCAAACUUCAGCUUCAUGGGACAGCUGCUUCAGUUUGAGUCCCAGGUCCUUGCCCCGAACUGCUCAGCAGAAGCUGGCAGCCCUGCUAUGUCUGCUGUAUUGGACAGAGGAGCAUCAACCACAACCGUCUUUAACUUUCCAGUCUCCAUCCCUGUUCACACAUCGUCCAGUGCUUUAAGCUACCUUCAGAGCCCCAUCACCACUUCUCCAAGCUGCUGAAAGGCAGGUGAAAACAUGAUCAGAACUCUGACUUCUAUUGUCUCAGAAGUGCAAUAACUAUGGGGACAGUGUCAUCGGUCACUUGCAUUUUUUGGGGGGAAUCCAUCCAUCCCAGAGCGCUGCUGUGAGCGGACAGGAGCUCGCCUGACUCCAGAGAACUAGGUGUUACCAACUUUUUUGUUGAUAUUUUAAGCCAAUAUCUGGAUGUCUACGUAGAGAUCAAAAAACAUUGUCUUUUCCUGAGCUGUUCCUUGUCUUCUGUCUGUUCCAAGCCUGCUCCCUGUUUAGUAGCAUACAUACCAGUAUUCCCGUUCCUGGACACUUCAAGCAACACUGAUGCUGUCCCCUGUAAUAUGACAGUCCUCCUAUUUAUUUAUUUUUACAUUAAUGCAUUUUUUGCCUUCACAAACCUAAGGCUUCAUUUCUAGAGAAACAAAAUACCUCAGUAUUUUUUUGGUACUGUAAUCCUGUAUAUAUCUGUCAACUCUUCUAGUUUCCCAAGCACUGACAUGAAAGCACCAGGCGAGUGCUUUUUUGAGUUGCCAAGGGUUGUAUGUUUGCUGAUUAUUUAUGAUGUGAAAUAAUAUAUUUCUUCUUAUGAAGACAUAGUUUUGUUACAUGAUUACAACUUUUUAUACAAACAGAAUAAAUUAUGAUAUUUCUAUUGAGCUGCA